UAAUCAGAUUUCUUUCUUUCACUUACCAACAACAAAAACACAACUCUCCCCAUCAAAAAAGAAAAAGAAAAAAAAAAAAAAACACAACACUCUCUUGGUAACGACACAUUACUCAUUUCAGAGGCUACUCUUCUGCUCUCGGAGCCCCGACUCUUGAAGACGGAUGGGAAUGUCUCUGUCCUCUCUUACAUUUAAGGGUUCUAUUAAUGAAGCGAUUCUUGAAGCCAAAAAGCAGAAGAAACUAUUUGUUGUCUAUAUUUCAGGUGAAGAUGUAGAGUCCAGUCGUUUAGAAGAAUCCACAUGGACAGACUCAAAUGUGGCAGAGUCACUAGCAAAGUACUGUAUUUUUUUGCAUAUACCUGGAGGAAGCACUGAUGCUGCACACUUUUCUACAUUAUAUCCUCAGAAAUCUAUUCCUUGCAUAACAGCUAUUGGAUACAAUGGUGUACAAGUUUGGCAAAAUGAGGGUUUUGUUGAUGCUGAAGAUCUGGCAUCCAGUUUAGAGAAGGCAUGGUUGAGUCUUCAUGUACAGGAAACAACCGUAACUUUACUGACUGCAACACUUGCUUCAAAGAACUCUGGAGCAUCUACUUCUGUUUCUAAUAUUGCCUCAUCUGUUGAACAAAGUUCUUCAAGUACAGUUGUUCCAUCACCUCUAACAGAUGGGCAUGUGCAGUCUGAAGAGGCUAAGCCAGUGGUUAUCUCUGAGGUAAUAGAAGAAAAGAAAGACCCUGAAUGCAUAGUUGAGGAGAAAAAUACUGAAUUGGAUGACAAGAAAUCUUCAAGAUCAUAUGAUGCCAGCGAGUCAAACAGUGUUUUGGAUGGACAGUCCUCGUCAACUGAAGUAGCUAAAGGUUCUUCUGGUCCUGUACUGGCCAAUGUAGAAAACGUUAGAGCUUAUGAUAACUCUUCCAGUGCUGAAGUCCGUUCUCCUGCCCCAGAAAACAUCAAUGAUAAUGGUUCAGGGUUUCCUGGAGGAAGUGCAAAAUUGGUUGAUACUGAAGUAAAAGAAGCUGAACAAGAUGAAAAGGUUGAAGCUGUAAAUGAUAAGCAGGCUUGUGCGUUGGAUGACUUUGUAAGAGAUGAUAAAUCAAGUGAUGUCCAUUUAAAUAUCCGAUUGCCCAGUGGUGUUAGCCUGCAAGAGAAGUUUUCUGUUACCAGCACUUUGAGAAUGGUGAAAGAGUAUGUUGAUGAAAACCAACAAAGUGGGCUUGGCACCUAUGAUCUCGCAAUUCCUUAUCCCCGCAAAGUUUUUAGUGGUCAAGAUUUGAGCAAAUCAUUGUCAGAGUUGGGCCUACUUAAUAGACAAGCCCUGAUAGUGGUUCCACAUCAUAGAGCUACAGGUUAUCAUGGAGAAGCAUCUUCGUCCUCUUACCAAACAAAUUUUACUAGUGCUGAUUCUUCAAAUGGAACUAAUGGGGGAUAUUUUGCAUAUGUGAGGAGGAUUUUAUCUUACAUGAAUCCUUUCUCCUAUCUUGGUGGUGGUGCCAGCUCAUCGAGUUCUGGACAUGAAUCUCAAAAUGGCAUAUGGCAAUACAGUCCAAAUCCUACACAUCAGAAUAAUUUAACAGGAACUGAGAGGUCCUACUCGCAGUAUUCUGCAAACCAAAGCACUUCUGCAGCUGGUAGAGAUGAUGAUGGCAAAAAGAGGCAACCGACAACAUCCCAUUUUGGGAGCAACAUUCAUACACUAAAGCACGAUGAAGAUGAUGGCCGGUUUAGUGACAGAAAUGCCUUCUGGAAUGGUAAUUCCACACAAUAUGGUGGUGACAAUGAUGGCAAAUAAGGUCUUGAGGCAUAACCCACUGGCAAUGCUUUGAGUUUUUCCUUUGCAUUUGAGUUCAGUCGUCUUCAUUGCUUGUCCCUUUUUAAAAACUUUUUUAACUAAAACUUUAGUUUAUAUUCAAUAUAGAAUAAUGUAGAUAUUACCACUAUAAAGCCAGUAAAUUUAUAGCAUCUUAUGUAAGAAAAUAUCUUGACAUCUCGUCACUUAACUUGUAAUAUGUAGUUAUUUAAUGCCUAUAUGUGAAGGGUAAACGGAAGAAUAAAUCCAAUGAGGCCAUUGAAAUGUUUUUUUA